AUGUCGUCCAACGGUUCUCUGGUUGAAAAGAAAGGAGAUGCAAAGGCUGGCUCCAAGAACGUGCUGGGUGCCUUUCGCGGCCCAGUUGCUGGCGGCGAUGUCGCUGUUGAGCGCAUUGAGGAUGUGUCUCUAGUCGAGCCUCCAGUCAAGCAGAAGAAGUCACGCCAGAUCCGCCGGCACUUUGCGCGAUUCUGGUGCUGCUAUGUCUUCUGGAACAUAAUUUUCCUUGCCAUCCUCAUACCAGUCUUCCUCUUGGUCGUCAUUCCUGCCGUCGCUCAGCUGGUCGUCGACAAGUCAGACCUUGUUUUGGUUAACGCGAAACUCCUUGACCCACGCCCUGACUCGAUGAUGCUUACCCUCGAGGCUGCUCUAGACCUUGGGGUGGUAUUCCCCGUGCGCAUUGAACCGCUCACCCUGUCUAUCUACAACCACGAAGCGACAGGAAACGACACAAUUUUCAAAACCACAAUCGGAGCCUCGAGAAUCGACGGAAAUACGAGCCUGGGUGUUACAGAUGUCCCUACUCCCUUGAACGUGCCCCAGUGGACCGAGUAUGUCCAUAAGGUCGUCUUCAACAAAAACGAGCCCCUACCAGUGAAGGGUAAAACCACGUCGUACAUUGGUAUUCUCAAGGCACAUGUCACUGUAGACAAGGAUAUUCAUCAGAACACACUCAAUUCGUUUGAGGGUUUCUCUAUCGAUGAGCCCCAGUUAAUAAAGAAAGAAGAGGACGGCACAAACCUGGUUGCGAACGCAACCCUCCCAAAUCCGUCUGUGAUGACCCUGCAGAUCGGAACCACUAUGCUCGACCUCAAGGCCGGUGACUACACCCUUGGCAACGCAACAAUCGAUAACCUGAUGCUCUACCCGGGUAAUCACUCAGCCUCGGUAAGGGGUAUCCUCGACCUCGAAUAUCUCAUCCAAAACCUGGGGGGAAUCCUCAAGACCCAACGCGACGCCCUAAAUAGAGGAGCCCUUAGCCUCACCGCCGUGGGGCGAUCCGUUACGCACAACGGUGAAGAUGUCCCGUAUUACACAAAAGUCAUGCAGGAGCUGCACCUCACCGCCGAUGUCUCGCUUGCCGCACUGCUCAAGAACACUGUACAUGGAGCCCUCCACCCCGACGGAGGGGAGUCAAUCCUCGACGGCCUGACGGACUCCAAGGGCGAUACCAAGCUCCACGACGCCGUCAAUGACCUUCGCGAGAGGGGCAUCAAUUUAGAGCUAGAUGAAAGCAGUUGAUAACUGGAUGGGCUUUAAUUACAGGUUAUGAUUAAUGAUGUGUAUACUUUUUUUUCUCUCUUUCUCACGGUGGCUUGUUUUGCGCAUAGUAUAAUAUCCAAUAGAUACCGGUCGCCCAAUGAAACAAACUCUAAACGG